GCCAGUUAUUCGCAUCACUUGUUUAAAUUCAGUAACAUAAACCAGUUGAUCAAUCUGCUCAGCUCGCUGUAACAUUAUUAACGAAAAGAUGAGUAGUCUAAGUGGGAAGCUGGUGAGUUCAAUUGAGAUCAACUCCUGCUCAGAUGUAUUUCAUGACAUCUUUCGACACAGGCCACACCAGAUCUCAGAGAUGAGUCCUACUAAAAUCAAGGCCUGCGAUCUCCAUGAAGGUGACUGGGGAACUGUUGGUUCCGUCAUCUUUUGGAACUACACCCAUGAUGGAAAGGAGAAGGUUGCUAAAGAGAUAAUAGAAUCAAUUGAUGAGGAGAAGAAGUCUGUGAAGUUCAAGGUUGUAGAAGGAGAUCUGUUGGAGCUGUACAAGAGCUUUUCGCUUACCUGUCAUGUGGAUACCGACGGGGAAAAGAAUUUGGUGACCUGGACUCUGGAAUACGAGAAGCUGAAUGAGAGCGUGGAGGAUCCGCACACAUUGAUGGAGUUUUGCCUCCAUGUCACCAAAGAUAUUGAGGCUCACCACGCCUGACAAGUAAGAAAUAUCACGUGAUAUCGUUAUGCAGUGUGAUCGCUGUAAUGCGGUGUGGGCAGAAUAUGAAUAAUGGUGUGGUUUCUUUAAGAGUAUGCAUCUAUUUCUUCCAUUUGAGUGUAAGUUGCAUGUACUACAAUAAGGCCUUCAUUACCCACUAGGGUAUUCUAUUUGGUUGAGAUCGUGACCGCAAAGAGUUUUCAUCACAAAAGAUCAUAGGUUCGAUUUCAUUUUGGAAGCACGGAUGUAAGGGGACUGUCAUGUUUGGUGGGUACGAGUGUGCUAGCAGUUCUCCAGAUUAGUCAAGAUGCGCGAAAGUUGUCAAACACCGGAUUAUAUAAAAAAAUAAAAAUUGAUAAGCCUGCAUUGUAGCUGUUAGUAAAUGUGUGAUUUUCAGUGUACUCUGAAUAUAUGCAAGAGUGAUUUUUCGUAUUGUA